CACUCACCAGUAGCCAGAAGUCGACGCACCGCCGUGUGGUAGAAAUUUUUAGUGCCGGAAUCAGAUCUGAGAUUUGCUCGCUCGGCUCCGAGAGAUCUGAUCGAGUUUCUCCGCCGCUGAGGGUUUCAUUGUUCGGCCGUGUGAUUCAUCUCCGACCAAAGAUUCGUUCCUUUUUUUUGAUGUCCAUUGAUUGAUUGGCUGCUUUUCUGCGGAACAUGGAGGAGCUGGAGUGAGCCGGCCGCCGUUCGGGACUCGAAAAACUUUGGAUUUAUCAGCCCAUCACAAGCAGUUGAAUAGUAGUUUUAAUCGAUUUUGGUUGUUAUUGGAACUUGGAAUUGAGGAGUUUAAAAGAAAUUUCGUAUUUUAGGAAUUGAUUUGAUAGGUUUGGAUGUUGGAGUGGGCGGCGGAGUAUAUAAUCGGAGGGAUUCGAUAGUUUUGGCUCCUUGGGCUUGAGAUUGGAAGGGGAUUUGCUUCAUAUCAUCGAGGACCGGGGUGUGUGAGUCUGCUAGGAUGGUAAGCGGGCCACUUUUUCUCUGCAGAAGGCAUUCAUGGCCGGCGGAGGAGUAUGUUAGCCGGUCUACGUUGCAGCAGCUGGACUUUGAUGGUGGUGCCCCGCCGCGAUUGGCAUGGAGGAGGCGGUUGAAUAGUCAUGCUAACAAACUAAAGGAAUUUAGUGUGACCUUUAUAGAAGCAAUGAAGAUGAUGACACUUGGCCUUCGUCUUUGGUCAUAUGUCCGUGAAGAGGCUUCUCAUGGAAGGAAAGCUCCGAUAGAUCCGUUCACGAGGGAAAGUUGCAAACCAUCAGCUUCCCAAGGAGUUCCUCUUGGAGGGAUGGGGAGUGGAAGCAUAUCACGGGGUUUUAGAGGGGAGUUUAAGCAUUGGCAGAUUCUUCCUGGUUUAUGUGACAUGUCACCGAUCAUGGCAAAUCAGUUUUCUAUUUUUAUUUCUAGAGAUGGAGGGAACAAAAAAUUCUCAUCCGUCUUAGCCCCCGGCCAUCAUGAAGGGAUAAAGAAAGUUGGGGAUCAAGGAAUUUCAUCAUGGGAUUGGGACCUUAGUGGUCAGCAUUCUACAUAUCAUGCUUUGUUUCCUAGGGCAUGGACCGUUUAUGACGGUGAACCAGAUCCAGACCUCAAAAUUUCAUGCCGCCAAAUAUCGCCAUUCAUACCUCACGAUUAUAGGGAAAGUAGUCUUCCUGCAUGUGUAUUUGUAUAUACUCUGGUAAAUACUGGGAGGGAAAGGGCGAAGGUCAGCCUGCUCAUGACUUGGACGAAUUCUAUUGGGGGUGUUUCUCACCAGACUGGGGGCCAUGUCAAUGAACCAUUCUUAGGAGAUGAUGGAGUAUCCGGUGUGCUCCUACAUCACAAGACUGCUAAAGAUAACCCUCCUGUAACUUUUGCAAUAGCUGCUUGCGAAACUCAAAAUGUAAAUGUGACUGUUCUACCAAAUUUUGGGCUUUCUGGUGAGAACAGUGUUACAGCUAGGGACAUGUGGGCUGCCAUGGUGCAGGAUGGGCAUUUUGAACGGCAAAACUUUGAUUCUGGUCCGAGCAUGCCAUCUUCACCUGGUGAUACGCUAUGUGCAGCAGUUUCAGCUUCUACUUGGGUUGAGCCUCAUGGGAAAUGCACUGUUGCUUUUGCUUUGUCCUGGUCAUCACCUAAAGUAAAAUUUCAGAAGGGAUGCACAUAUCAUAGGCAAUACACUAGAUUUUAUGGAACUUCUCCGAGUUCUGCAGUUGAUUUGGUGCAUGACGCGUUAAAGAAAUAUAAGUGGUGGGAGGAAGAAAUUGAAAAAUGGCAAAAUCCUAUUCUGAAGGAUACCAAGCUUCCGGAAUGGUACAAAUUCACCCUUUUCAAUGAACUUUACUUUUUGGUUGCUGGAGGAACAGUAUGGACAGAUGGCGGCGCUCCAGUUUUUGAUGAAAAAGCAAGCGUUGGUAAAAAUAACAAAUCCGUUAAAAAUGCGAACAAGGAGUCAAAAUCUGUUUCCAAAAAACUGAGCAAGGCAGGCACCACCUCUGAACGAACAACUAAUGAAGACACAGAGCAAAGAAAUGAUGAUGAGAUAGUAUUUAGUAAUCCUAUUGUAGGACAAGAAUUGGCCGAUAGUGAUUUGGAAACCAGAAUCAAUGAAUUCAUGCAUCCUCCCAACUCACAGAACGAUCCUGAUAAUGUGGGCAGAUUUCUAUACUUGGAAGGAAUUGAGUACAUCAUGUGGUGCACAUACGAUGUUCAUUUUUACGCUUCUUUUGCACUUCUAGAUCUCUUCCCAAAAAUCGAGUUAAGCAUCCAGCGAGAUUUUGCCCGAGCAGUGCUCUACGAAGACCGACGAAAAGUCAAGUUCUUGGCCGACGGCAACUGGGGAAUCCGCAAAGUCAAAGGUGCCGUCGCUCAUGAUCUCGGAACCCAUGAUCCCUGGCUCGAAAUGAAUGCCUAUAACAUACAUGACACUAGUAAAUGGAAGGAUCUCAAUCCCAAGUUUGUGCUCCAGGUUUACAGAGAUUUUGCUGCCACUGGCGAUAUGGAUUUUGGACGAGAGGUCUGGCCAGCAGUGUGCGCUGCCAUGGACUAUAUGAAUCAAUUUGAUCGGGACGGCGAUGGUCUCAUUGAGAAUGAUGGUUUCCCCGAUCAAACUUACGAUGCUUGGACGGUUCACGGGAUCAGUGCUUACUGUGGUUGUCUCUGGCUUGCCUCCCUCCAAGCGGCCGCAGCAAUGGCGCAUCGUCUCGGAGAUCACGCUUACGCUGAGAAAUGCACGAUAAAGUUUUUGACGGCGAAGUAUGCAUUCGAAUCAAAGCUGUGGAAUGGUUCUUAUUUUAAUUAUGACAGUGGAAACAGCAGCAACAGUAAGUCGAUACAGGCGGAUCAAUUAGCAGGGCAAUGGUAUGCGGCGUCGUCUGGAUUGCCGUCCCUUUUUGAGGAGAACAAAAUACGAAGCGCACUGCAGAAAAUAUUUGAUUUUAAUGUGAUGAAGGUGAGGGGAGGGAGAAUCGGGGCGGUGAAUGGGAUGCAUCCUAAUGGGAAGGUGGAUGAAUCGUGCAUGCAGUCGCGCGAAAUCUGGACUGGUGUGACCUAUGGCUUGGCUGCCACCAUGAUUCUUGCUGGGAUGGAGGAGCAAGCUUUUACUACUGCUGAAGGCAUUUUUACUGCUGGUUGGUCUGAGGAGGGACACGGGUACUGGUUUCAGACACCGGAGGGAUGGACGAUUGAUGGGCACUACAGGUCCCUGGUCUACAUGCGGCCGCUUGCGAUCUGGGCGAUGCAGUGGGCAUUAUCUCCCCCGAAGGCCAUUGUGGAUGCUCCCAAAGUCAAUAUUAUGGAGAGGAUUUACGUUUCCCCCCUCACCCUCAGAGCCAUACAUGAGAAUGGCGUGCGGAAGAUUCCACCCAAAGGCAGCUGCUUUCGCAAUUCUGUUUUUCAUUGUGAUUGCUAGCUGAUUAUGCCAAGAUGAGAGAGAGAGAGAGAGAGAGAGAGAGAGAGUUUAUUCAUUGCUCCUAAGUCCUAAUCCAUCAAGGAUAGAGCUGAGGACAUGAUUUAUAUGUAUUGUAAGUAAGAGUUUCUUUGUUUUAUAAGGUUUUUUUUACUGAAACUGUCUUCAUUGGUGCUGCAAGUUUACAUGCAUGCCACUCAAUUCCUAUGUAAUUACUUAUCUAGCACAAUGUAUCUUGGAAGAUUUACAUACAUAGUACUCAUCAGUUUCUAUGCA